AUGGAGACUACUAAGUAUAUUGCUGUGCGGAAACCACUGCGUCUUGAUGCUGGAAACUUUGGUCACUGGAAAGCUCACAUGAGGCAUGUGAUCCGAGGAAUUGAUGAGGAUGCAUGGACUGCAGUGGAAGAAGGGUGGACUGCUCCGGUUAUUGCUACAGUCGGCGACGAUGGAAUCACUAAGAACUACCCCAAACCAAAGAACACAUGGACAGAUGUUGAGAAGAAUGCUUCAAAAUUCAACUCGAAGGCCAUCAAUGCUAUCUGUGAAGCAGUUGAGCUGGAUGAAUUCAGUCUGAUACAAGGGUGCUCAUCUGCUAAGGAAGCAUGGGAUAUAUUGGUGAAUCAUUUUGAGGGAGAUACGAGUGUGAAGCGAUCGAGACUGGAUCAUCUGGCUUCUCAAUUCGAAAAUCUCAGGAUGGAAAAGGAUGAGUCGAUCACUAGUUUCACCACAAAGAUCAGCACUCUUGCAAAUGAAGCGUUUGUUCUUGGGAAAAAGUACAAAGACAAAAAGCUUGUCAAGAAGCUCCUCCGAUGUCUUCCACCUAAGUAUGCAGCACAGAAGACAGUGGUAAAGUAUUCCAUGGAUUCAGAUGACAUGAAGUUUGACACGCUGGUUGGCAUGCUCAAGGCCGAAGAAUUGGAAGCUACGGCAGAUGAAAAGGUCAAACAGAAAGAUCUGGCAUUUGCAGCUACAACUGAAAAUGACAGAGUGAGUCAGAUGGAGGAGCAGCUAAGUCUGUUAGCUAAGAACUUCAAUAAGAUGGUGAAACGGGUAGAGAAAGGACAGAACAAGUCCUCCAGGUUUCAGAAAACUGAUUCAGACAGAGGAAACUCUCGCAACUUCCGUUCUGAUGGGGAUCGAACAGGUAGGAAAAAGGAGAUGCAGUGUCAUGAGUGCGAAGGUUAUGGACAUUUCAGAAAUGAAUGUCCACUAACUAAGCGGAAAGAACUUAAGUGCACUGAAUGCAGAGGUUUUGGCCAUAUGCGAAGUGAAUGUCCAAAUGGAUCCAGAUCAAAAGAGAAAUCACUCGUGGCUUUGGGUGAGUCUGAGUCUGAAAGUGAAGAGGAAGAAGAUGACGAAAAUCAAAUGCUGAACUUUGUUGCAUUUGUGGCGACUGGUGACAAAGACGACAAGGAAGAGAUUCAGCAGGUCAUGGACUCAGAAAGUGACGAUGAGGAUGUGGAGUUUGAUGCCAAGGUUGAAUACCGAAAACUGUAUGACAACUGGGUUCAGCUGAGCAAAGAUAAUCUUCAGCUGAUAAAGGAUAAGGCAAUGAUGAAAGCGCAAAUUAACAUCCUUGAAAUGGAGAAAGAUCCAGUGGAGGAUGUCUUGGAGAAAAUUGAGAAUCUCAAAGAUGAGAAAAUCAAUUUAGAUGCUCUGAAGGCUGAAAAAAUCAAGAAUCAGGAACUGGAAAUUAAACUCGAGAAUUUGAGGGAAGUUUGCAGGCUAGAAAAAGAUAAGAGCAUCAAUCUUCAGUCUCAACUAACUGAAAAUCAUAAAAAGAUAAGGAUGUUGAACACAGGUGCGGAGAAUCUUGAUCAAAUCCUUUCCAUGGGCUUACCUCCCAAGAAGAACUGGGGUCUGGGAUAUGAAGGUGCUGUUGGGAACAGUGGAACUGCAUAUGGAAACAUGUCUAACUUUGUCCAUGGAGGUACAUCCCGAAGUGAGCUUGUCCAAGUGGAACCUGAGCCUAUUGGAGAAAGCUUGGUACAGGUUAAGGAGAAUCAUCCUCAAGCGAAUCAGACUCAGAAGGCACAUCAAGGUACGAAUGCCAAUCAAGUUCCUGUGAAACGUGCUAAACACACCAAACCAUGUUGUUUCUUCUGCAAGAAACCAGGGCACAAAAAAUUCAGAUGCUACAAGUUCAGGAACAAGAUCAGAAGCGCAUGGAGACGAAAUGUUGCGUAUCUGGAGCCUAAGCAAUGGGGUAAAGUGUGGAUUGACAAGCGCGAUCUGUAUGGAACACCGUCACCAAGAACAAUACCUGCAGAAGUUGUCUUUGAUCAUGCUCAAGAAGAAGGGGUUGCAGAAGUGGUUUGUAAUUCCGCUUCAAAGGAGGCAACAACUGUAGUUGUGUGCAAUCUUGCACGAAUUCAGUUUGAAGAAACCAACCACAUAGCCAAUGUGGCCUACACGUCAUCUCAAGGACAUGUAGGUGAUGCUUGGUACUUUGACAGUGGAUGUUCAAGACACAUGACCGGGAAUUGUGACCUGUUUGACACAAUCAGCAUUGUCAAAGCUGGAAAUGUUACAUUCGGUGAUGGAGGACAAGGAAAAAUACAAGGAGUAGGGAACUUGGAGAGAGACGAUCAACCCCAACUCUUGAAUGUUUUCUAUGUCCGCGGUCUCAAAGCAAAUCUCAUCAGUGUGAGCCAAUUGUGUGACGAAGGGCUUAAAGUUAUCUUCACCCGUGUGGAUUGCAAAGCAGUGGAUGAAAAUGGAAACAUUGUUCUUCUGGGCAUCAGGUCAGGGAAUAAUUGUUACAUGUGGAGUCAGUCCGAUCAAUGUCUUUCAGCAAGAGAAUCACACAUGGAACUGUGGCACAAGAGACUCGGUCAUAUGAACACUCAUGGACUAAGUCGUCUUGUAAAAGCUGAGGCAAUAAGAGGAAUACCAGAACUGGGUGCUCCAGGAGAUAGUGUGUGUGAAGCAUGCAACCGUGGGAAACAGAUUAAGGUACAACACAAGGCAGUCUCCGAAAAAUCAGGUCAAAGAAAGUUCUCGAACUCAUCCAUAUGGAUCUAA